AUGAACAAAUUGGACGUAUGUGCUUUGGCCUUACGAACUCCGACAGACAAAGAAAUUGAUUUUCUUAAAGCUCUCGGCAACGAAUUUGGAUCUUUUGAGUCUUCCAAUUCAGCAGAAACACCUUCUAAUGAAUUUUGUGAUCAACAAACAAUUCAACAAAAAGAGGAUUGGUUAAUGUUUAGAAAAAUGGUUCAAAAAACGCCUCCCGGACUUUUAUCAAUAUGUGCAAUAAUUGAUUUAACACAAGCAAAGGCUUCCUCUUCCAAGGAAAAUCAAUUAGAAGAAGAAUUAAUAUCUUCAAAUUUGGCUUGGAAUAAAUUAAAAGAGUUAAAUACGCACUUUAUUAUGAGACCAACAGUUUUACCUCAAAUUCUCGUUCAUUUGACAGAAAUGCUAGUUGGAAUUUUGGGGAUUUGUAGUGACUCUUCUAGCGUUGCUCGUCGUUUCGGCCUUUCCAAGGUGCCUCGUUUCUUUCGUUUAGUUCUUCAAUUAGAACGGCCUUUUUACGAUUUAUUUAGAAUUAUUGUUGAGCUUUUUUGUAGAACAUGGAAGGAUAUGAAUGCAAAAUUUGAUGAAAUAAACAAAGUCUAUAAUGUUGUCCAAGACCAAUUUGAACGUUCACUUUUUGAAAAUCCAAAUUCCUUAGAACAAUUAGAAAUUGAAAUGCUUCGCAAACGAUUUUCUUAUUUCAAUAUGCAAAAGGUGGGGGGUUUUUUUAUUUUAAAAUUUAUUUAG